UUUUAAUUUUAAUCCAUUUACACCCGCCGGUUAUUCUACUGUCAGAUAUCCUAACGCUAACUAUGAAGAUCAAUAUGAUCUGAUGAAUCAAAAUAUCUCUAUGUUUGUUUCUACUGUACUUAGACCAAUAGUUUAUCAAAUGUUUCAGAUUAAUAAUUACCUACCAUUUAGCAAUUUUGCUUUAAGAUCAGACGGUACAGAAAAGGAAGGUGUUUGGCCAGCUCAUCCGCUUCCUUUAGUAAUAGUUGGAUCUUCACAUUACGCAUCUAUUGAAGUACCCCAUUUUCUCGUUCAUUUAGCAGUCGGUGGUCCUGGUGGUCAUAUGGCAUAUGCAGAUAUAACUGGAUUUGAUCCAAUAUUCUUUUUUCAUCAUACCGCCAUAGAUCGUUUACUUGCACUUUGGCAAGCAAUGUUA